AUGUUAUGGAUGUGUACUAACCAGUACGGCCUCAUCACUGGACGGACCCUUUUUCCCAGCAUGGGCGCAUUCAAUAGUUUAGAGUUUACGGAUAAUCUUCACUCCGUUUAUAUAGGAGAUAUAUGGGGAUAUGGCUUUUGUUUGCCAUUCUUUGUAUUUGGCUUAUUAAAUGUCGAGAAUAUAACCUACCUACAAUUAAUGAAAAAUCCGGCCAUACUAGUGAAUGCUUUAUUAAACACAAGCGCCGGCAUCAUUAUCGGAUUCAACACUACCACACUGACCCUGCACAUUAUCGCUAAAUAUGGGGUAUGCUUUGGUCUGGGCAUUAGUGCUAUACUCGUGGGCACAUUUGCACAGGCAUCUCGCGAAAAAAUUCAUGGGGUAAUAGGUUGCGCGUCCACCACAUCCAUACUCUCAUCCCUAUUCACUAUAUUUGAAUCAUUGGGCGAUUUUAUUGGUCCUUUUAUUGGUGGAUCAGUUAUGAACGCUGUUGGUUAUAACUGGGCUACAGUGCCGUUAUGUGUGUUUCAAGCAGCGCUGAAAUAA